UGGUUUCAACGCCCAGUCCGGAGUGAAGGCGCCAGUUCUGUUCACUAAUUAGUCGUCAUUUCAGUUUGGCGAAUUUGCAAGAUUUUUGCAGGGUUUUACCAGCUCGAAAAUGGUGGUUCGAAUUCGAUUGUCGAGAUUUGGUUGUAAGAACAAGCCGUUUUACAGGGUGAUGGCUGCCGAUAGCCGUUCUCCCCGGGACGGCAAGCAUCUGGAGGUUCUAGGUUACUAUAAUCCCCUGCCAGGUCAAGAUGGUGGUAAACGAAUGGGACUUAAUUUUGAAAGAGUGAAGUAUUGGCUUUCAGUUGGUGCUCAGCCUUCAGAACCCAUGCAACGUAUUCUUUUUAGAUCAGGGGUACUUCCACCCCCUCCAAUGGUUGCAAUGGCGCGUAAAGGUGGACCACGUGAUACUCGUGUUGUUGAUCCUCUGAGCGGACGCAUCGUGUCUCCAGAGAAGCCAACUAAUGAUUCUAGUAGGAAAGAUGGCAAUGCUGAUUCGUAAUUUUCUUUUAGAAAAAUCUCUAGAAUUUGACACAAAAGUCGAAUGAACCUAGACUCGGUUGGGCACGGGUUCGGAAUCAUAAACCCUAGAGUUCUGAAAUCCAUAAAGUUGAUGAUCGGCUGGAAGUAUGAACUCGUGUUUCUAAAGCUUAUGUUUAGAAAUGUAAGGUUGAGCUUGGUUAGAUAAUUUGUUUUUUUAAUUGUAUAUCAAUAUUUUGAUUCAUUUUGUGUGAAGCAA